GAUACGGAGCCGCCGCCAUGGGGAAGAGGCAACACCAGAAGGACAAGAUGUACAUAACAUGUACAGAAUAUACUCAUUUCUACGGAGGAAAGAAAGCAGAAAUUCCACAGUCCAACUUCAGACGUCUGCCUUUUGAUCACUGCAGCCUGUCAUUGCAGCCGUUUGAAUACCCCGUUUGCACACCAGAAGGAAUUGUCUUUGACUUGCUGAAUAUUGUUCCUUGGCUAAAGAAGUAUGGGACCAAUCCAAUCACAGGGGAGAAACUUGACGCCAAAUCUCUUAUCAAACUGAACUUGGCUAAAAACAGCGAUGGCAAAUACCACUGUCCAGUCCUCUUCACGGUGUUCACCAAUAACUCCCACAUAGUGGCUAUCAAGACAACCGGCAAUGUCUUUGCGCAUGAGGCGGUUGAGCAGUUGAACAUAAAAACGAAAAGCUACAAGGACCUGCUCACAGAUGAACCUUUUACUAGGCAAGAUAUUAUCACACUGCAGGAUCCAACCAACUUGGACAAAUUUAACGUCUCCAGCUUUUUCCAUGUUAAGAACAACUUGAAGGUGACGGAUCCAGAUGAGGAAAAAGCAAAAUCGGAUCCAUCGUAUUACCUGAAAAACACCAAUGUCGAGACUCGAGAGACUUUGUCGGAACUUUACAAAGAAUUCAAAGGCGACGAUGUUCUGGCAGCAACCAUGAGGCCCCCUGAGAAGAAAAAAGUGGAUAAGCUGAAUGCGGCUCAUUACUCCACAGGCAGAGUGAGUGCCUCCUUCACGUCCACGGCCAUGGCGCCAGAAACAACGCACGAAGCAGCUGCCAUCGAGGAUGACGUGGUGCGGUACCAGUACGUCAAGAAGAAAGGCUAUGUCCGCCUGCACACCAACAAAGGGGACCUCAACCUGGAGCUGCACUGUGACAUGACUCCUAAAACAUGCGAGAACUUCAUUAAACUAUGCAGGAAAAAUUACUACGACGGGACCAUUUUUCACAGAUCAAUUCGUAAUUUUGUGAUCCAAGGAGGGGAUCCUACCGGAACAGGAACAGGAGGAGAAUCUUAUUGGGGAAAACCAUUUAAAGAUGAGUUCAGGCCCAACCUGUCUCACACAGGACGGGGUGUCCUCAGCAUGGCCAACUCUGGGCCCAAUUGUAACAAGUCUCAGUUCUUUAUCACAUUCCGCUCCUGCGCGUACCUGGACAAGAAGCACACAGUGUUUGGAAGAGUGGUGGGUGGUUUUGAGACUCUGACAGCGAUGGAGAAUGUGGAAAGCGAUCCAAAAACCGACCGUCCCAAGGAGGAAAUACGAAUCAAGUCAACAACUGUCUUUGUUGAUCCAUAUGAAGAAGCAGAUGCUCAGGUUGCCGCGGAGAGAGAGAAGGCCCAGCAAGAAGAGGAGGCAGCGAAAGGGAAAACCAAAGUCGUUGUUCCAAAGAAAGAGCAUCACACUCCAAAAACAUACCGCGAGGGAAUCGGGAAGUACAUUAAUUUGGCUGCGGCGAAGCGAGCCACAGACGAUGACGGCCCGUCGACCAGCACAGCUGUCAAGAAAGAGAAGAAAAGCUCGGACUUUGGGGACUUCAGCUCCUGGUAGAGGACCUAGGUGGCCACAUCUGGAGUUACCCAGCC